CGCAGACGUUCCUGCUAGCUUGAGAGAUGGACCCUGAAGCCGGCAGCACCAUGGAGCUGGCGGCCCUCGGCCGACCGUUUGGCCUCGGCAUGCUGUACGACUGUCGCCAAGACUCACUGGUCCCUGGAAUGACACUAUGGGACCGUGAUGACCUCGAGAAAGAUACAAGAGAAAGACCAAAACCCAACAGUGACUUUGAGAUAGUUGCAUCUGAAUCAAUCGAAGAUAAAUCAUCAGCCCUGAAUGUUCAAGCAUCCCUAAAAGCAAGUUUCUUGGGUGGACUGAUCGAGGUUGAGGGAUCGGCCAAAUAUCUAAAUGAUCAACGGACAUCCAGCAAUCAGGCCAGAGUAACACUGAAGUACAAAACAACAACAAAGUUCCAGGAGUUGUCAAUGAAUCAUCUUGGAAGAGGCAAUGUGAAGCAUCCUUAUGUUUUUGAGAAAGGCACAGCAACACAUGUAGUCACAGGGAUACUCUACGGGGCUCAAGCCUUCUUUGUGUUUGACCGUGAGGUGUCUCAAACAGAAAAUCAUCAAGAUGUUCAGGGAAACUUGAAGGUGGUCAUCAAGAAAAUCCCCCUCCUUGCCAUAGAGGGUGAGGGGUCCCUGAAAAUGGAAGACAAGGACAAAGCAAAUGUUGACAGAUUCUCCUGCAAAUUCCACGGAGACUUUUGUCUUCAGAACACUCCGACAUCCUUUCAGGAUGCGAUUGAAGUCUACCGAAGCCUGCCAAAGUUACUGGGAGCCAAUGGAGAAAAUGCUGUUCCACUGAAGGUCUGGCUCUUGCCCCUGACCAGUUUAGAUUCUGCUGCCGCUAAACUUGUGCGUCAGAUAAGUAUAAGAUUGGUUCAGGAAGCACAAAGUGUCCUGGAGGGCUUCAGUGAGCUUGAAAUGAGAUGCAAUGAUUCAAUGAGAAGUGCCACUGCACAGCAGUUCCCUCAGAUCCGCAAAAACCUGAAAAGUUUUAAAGAAAUGUGCUCUGAGUUCAGACUUGAAUUUCAACGAACCCUAGCGAGGAAACUUCCUCGAAUCAGAGGAGGAGAAGAGGAGUCUGAUCCUGCUGCCAUCCAGAAGAAGAGACAUUUGUCUCCAUUCAACAGCAAAAACCUGACUGAGUGGAUGGACUGCAAAGAGAAAGAGAUAAGCAUCUUGAAAUCUUUCACCAAUAUGAUGAAAAACACCAAGGUGAUCUCAUCUCAGAGUGGUUUUCAUGAAGAAGUUCUCAGUGUGGAACAUGCACUAUGCUUUGUUUUCACCUCACUGGGAGGUGCCGAGCCGUACCUUUCAGCUUUAUCCAACUAUCUGACAGGAGCAGCCAAACCUGAGGAUCUAAAUCCACACACUCAUGACAUCGAGAGGGACCAGUGGUACCUUUCAAACCAAGUGGCUGAUCACAUGAGGACAAAGGCAAAGCUCUUCAGUGACUUUGCUGAUGCCAACAGAGAGAACAAGAAGGUGAAGUUCCUGACAGUGGGCUUAACAAAUGACACACACAAAGGUUCCAGCAUUUACCUUUAUAAAGACGGCUCCACUGUGACUGAAAACUUUGAGCCGCCUUCAAAACCUGAAACUGUGGCAGCAGCUGACAUAAACCACAACAGUGUGACACUGAAGAUUUCUCCUCCCAGAUUUGGAGCAGAAAACAUCACGUCCUACUCUGUUGAAUACUGUGUCAGUGGAGAGGAAGAAUGGCAACAAAAGACUGAGUCAAAAGCUGAAGAAGUCACAGUGAGAGGUCUGAGACCGAACACUGAGUAUGUGUUCAGAUGCAGAGCGGCCACCUCAGUGGGUGUUGGACCCGCCACCAUCGUCAGUGAGUCCAUUAAAACCUUACCUUGCAGUCCUCCUGGAGAACCUCAAGUGGAGUCAAACUCAUGUGAGAUAUCUGUCAAGUGGGAGAAACCGGCGGAGCUCGGACAGGAUGUUGUGAUACUGAGCUACAUCGUGGAGUAUGCCAAAAAAUCCAGAGGUGAAGAAGAGAAAGAUCUCCAGUGGAAACAGAUGAUGGCUACAGGUGAGAAGGCAGUCAUUUCAGAGCUUCAAUCAGAGACCGAAUACACAGUCAGGGUCAGAUGUGACUGUGGUGUUGAUGGCAGCAGCAAAGAAAGCAUCACUGUUCAUGUUUCUACAACCAAACGGGAGUUUGCACGUCUUGCUGAAUACCUGAAACAUAUCAGUGAGAUGACAAACUCAGGCUCGAUUCCAGUUUACAAGCUGCCUCUAGAAGAAGAAGAUUUGGACAUCGAUGGCUGCAGGAGGUUCAACUUUGGCAGAGAAAGCAUGAGGCAGAAUCGGACGAUCAUGCUUCUUGGAGCAACCGGAUCAGGCAAGUCCACUCUCAUCAAUGGAAUGAUGAACUUCAUUGUUGGAGUGGAGUGGAAGGACAGUUUCAGAUUUGAACUUGUUACCGAAGAUAAGUCCAAAUCACAAGCUCACAGCCAGACCACUGAAGUUACUGUGUACAAACUCAACCACCAAGAUGGAUUUAAAGUCCCCUUCUCCCUGACCAUUGUGGACACUCCAGGGUUUGGGGACACGAGAGGUGUGGCAAGAGACAAGGAGAUCACAGAACAGAUUCGAAAGCUUUUCACUUCUGUUGACGGAGUCAGUGAGAUUGACGCUUUGUGCUUUGUGACUCAGGCCGCUCUUGCACGAUUAACAGCCACACAGAAGUACGUGUUCGACUCGGUGCUCUCCAUUUUUGGCAAAGAUGUGGCAGAAAACAUUGAGAUGCUGGUGACUUUUGCUGAUGGGAAACAGCCGCCAGUGCUUGAGGCAAUAAAUGUCUCUGGUGUUCCAUGUCCUAAGAAUGAGUUAGGGCUCCCAGUUCACUUCAAGUUCAACAACUCAGCACUGUUUGCAAGCAACUGCCACAGAGACAACAGGGAUGAUUCAGAAGACGACGAUGACAACUUUGAUGAGAUGUUCUGGAAGAUGGGAGCUAAAAGUAUGGAGAAGUUCUUCACCGCUUUGGAUAAAAUGAACACCAAAAGCUUGCUCAUGACUAAGGAGGUGUUAAAAGAACGAAAGCAGCUGGAAACGGCCAUUGAAGGUCUGCAGCCACAAACUUACAAGUGGGAGUACGUCCCAGUGAAAGAGAAGCAGACUCUACAAGAACUGAAGAGCAAAUAUGAAAGAGCUACAAAGGAAAAGAUGACUGUUCAGCAACUGAUUGAAAGGCAGGAGGAGGAGAUUGUCAAACUUCAGGAUCUGAUCGUGAACCUCAUGGAUCAGUCGGCCUGCUGUAUUAGCCGCCUGCAGGAGAUCGCCCUGAGGCCGAACCCUCUGACCACUCCAGAGUACAUCGACAUGAUGAUCGAGGGAGAAAAGUCAGAGGCCAAACCUGGCUACCAGGCCCGGAUUCAUUCUCUGGAGGGAAUGAAGGAGAGGGCAAAACUCAUCUCCAAACUUACACCCCCCUACUGUCGGCAAACAAAGCCCACAAUGAGGACCAUCAACACCUGGCCCGAGGAUGCCCUCCCCCAACUCCAGAACUGUUUUGAGGCUACUGACUGGGAGGUUUUCCACCAUGAGGACCUGGAGGCAUUCACCGAAGCUGUUUUGGACUACAUCAAGUUCUGUAUUGGGAAUGUAAUGGUGGAAAGGACCAUCAGAACGUGCUCAGACUUCUUGUCCAGCUGA